GGGUCCCCAAAUGUCUGGGUAUUGAGGGGCUGCUAAGUGGCAGACUUACAGGCUUGCUGCAUGCGGGGAGCCGUGGGUGUGGGCAUAGGGAGGGCUUUCGGAAGUGCAGAUGGAGGCGACUGCAUGUGCAUGCGCAUGUGGCAAAAUGCAGGGCAGAGGAGGGACAAGCUCUAGGGAAAGGGUGGUGCUUUCAAACUGGUCUGUGCUACCCUUGUGCUGUUGGUGGGCAGAGGCUGCCGGGAGAGAGGGCACUUACCUCCAGAGCUUCCCUGCUUCUUCAAGAUCCCUUUCAGAGGGCACCCUGGGCAGCAUCUGAACUUCCCUGGGCAGAAAGGGGUUGAUGUGGGGAGUGGUUCCCAGAACUUCAGAGCUUGAGGGUAAGUGUUUCCUUAAUCCAAAACACCCCUCCGUCCACUCUCAAAUUUCCAGUAGCCUAGAUCAAAGUGAACUCGGAGAUGAGAUUUUCUUUUGGUUUCCUCAGUUGAGGAUGCAUGUUAGAGCUGUUUGUGGCUUUUUAUUUCUAGAUCUCAGUUUUGCAGACAAAAAUGUUAAAACGUAAACUGGGCAGGCCAUUAUCCUUGCUUACCCCAAUACCUUUCAGAUUCAUUUGCUAAAAAUUAAAAAGUCUCAAUGAACCCAUACUGGCUAGGAAAACACUAACGUGACAUAAUUGACUUGAGGAGUGUCGGAAGCAUGCACACACUCUGCAAUAGGUAAAUAUGAAAGUGUUUUGUUUGCUUAUUUGAUUUGAUUUUGAAGGGCUUAUAACAGGAAUUUGAUUAAAACUAAAUUAUAGUUUUAUUUUGUCCACAUUGUUGAAACUGUGAACUGAAAGGACAAGGCCUGUGUCCAUUGAACUUGCUUAUAUAGAGAUAGGUAAUGCUGCUUGAUGACAGUUAAUAAGCAAGCGAUUUUUCCCUUAUUAACUGUGUUGUAUUAACUGUGUUGAUAUUGCUAUCUUCUAAUUUGAGGAUUAAAUUGAGUGAGCUCGCUAUGCUUCAUGUUCCCCUAACUCGCUUCAUAAAUUCAGCAAACUCCUUAGCUGCUUGUCUUUUUCUAAAGAGUUUUGGAGCGUUCUCUUUAACCUCAACUCCUCCAUCCUGCCCCAUGAAAGUAGAUGCUAUGUUAGGGGCAGAGGCCUCAUUCCUUACUGAACUGCUCCAACCCUGAUGGAGAUCAAAAGAGACAUCUAUGACACAGCACACAUUCUGACGCCUGGGCCUAUGUCUCCAUUCAAAUUCUGUUUUUUACAUUAUGGAGCACUAAUGCUAAAUCAGUUUUUAACAUUUUUUUCCUUUAUUCUAAUGGUUCUUUAGAACAGAAAUUAUUGAAACUUGAGGGCCCAGUCUCAGGAUGACUAUAAACUACUUGAGGAUAUUAUUUAAGUUAAAAAAAAGAACAAAAAAGGAAAAACUAAAACAUUAGAUGGAUCUUAGAAAAUUUUAUUUAUAUGUAAAAAUAGAAAUCUUAGAACAACUUAAAAUCAUAUUAUGUUAAUUUGCCUAAUAGUUUUGAACAAUAAAGUUAGUUAGUAUAUUUUAUAGAUCUUUAUCUUGUUUUCUAAUAUUAGUUAACUAGAUUUAACACAAUUAGUGAUGAUUACAGAUAGAGUUUUACUUAGCUUGCUUUAGAACUCUUGGCCUUUUCUCUCAAUAUUUUAUCCUUUGUCAUCAGUGUAGUAAUGAGACACCUGAAAAGCUGAUUAAGUUUUAACUUCCCCUUAAAUCAAUUAAAAUCAGUACAAUUAUCACCUCUAUUUAAUAAUUCUUUUUGCUUCUCAACUCUGUGUCCAUGCUAGAACCAAAAUUUGCUAUCUGAUUAGUAUUAAGUAUUUUGACACUUGCACUCCUGAGACAGUGGCCUAGUGUGAUUUGACCAAUGGGGCUAAUAUCCAAUAAAAUAGGAGAUUUCUUAGUUAUCAUUUGGAGGGUUGUGAUGUGAUUCAAAUUUUUUUUAAAUCUUUAUGAAAUAUUUUAGUUAGAAAGGAUCUUAGAGAUCAAUUAACCUUGUAUUCAAUGCAACAAUCCCUUUUGUCAGUGUUUAUGGUUUCUACCUUGAGAAGGUGUUAUCCAUUAUCGGACAGCUCUCCGAAUAUUAGGAAAGUCAUUUAGCUCCCUGUCACAUUUUGCCUCCCUGUUGUUUCUAUCUAUAAGCUUUCAUCCUAUACCAUGAAGUCACAUCAAAUGUACUUAAUGUAUUUUAUUAUACAUGGCAAUCAUUUGUAAUAGUAUAAAUGAAGGAAGACAAAUGGAGUCUAUUCUUGUUAUUUGUGGUAGUUAUGUUCUGUAAUGCCACAAACACUGAAUUAGUGAGUACAGAACCAUUGCUCCUAGGGGAAAUACGGGUUUAGGUUCCUUUGAGCCUCUGGUCACAACAUUUUCAUCAACCUAUCAAUACAUAGCCUUAUCUAAAACAUUUUUUUCUCCAUAAGGCACAUCAUAGCCUUCUUACACUUAGGAACACUAGAUAGCACUAUGCUUGGGGGCCGUUUUAAACAGUGAAUCACCAAGAAAAAGCACAAAAAUGCAAAAAACAUGGCACUAAAUAGACUGCAAAAAGGACACUUAUUUACAGUUCCUCUAAUUCUCUUCAUAAAUUCUGCAAAUUUAUGAGAACUGAACUAAGAAGGCAGAGUAUCACCUUGUUCAGCCUCAACUGGGAAUGUGUAUAUCGAGCAACUCAAUCUUUUUGCUGCUGUGUGCAUGUCCACAAAUGACCACAAAAGAGUCAUGAGUAUUGAUUUGAGGUUACAAAUAGAUUUUAGUGAGUAGGUGAAUUCACAAUAUGGAAUCCAUGAAUAAUGAGGAUCGAUUGUAUAUGUGUGGCUACUUGAAAACAAAUGAUGAGAACAUAGCUAGUUCUUGGGGGAGGAAGAGGAGGUGGUAGACUGUCAGUGAUUUUUCUUUCAAUGGAGUAGCAGAGAAGAAAGACUAUUUUAUAGGCUAGGUUAGAUAGACUCUAGAGGAUAUAUAUCUGAUCUAUUUAGGCUAAUGGAGGUAGAGGUGGGGGUGCUGUAUCUGAGAUAAGGUAGUUAACGAAAAAAGAAAAUUAGUUUUAAUGAUUUUCAUAGUGCUUCAGAGGAAAACAUAAUAAAUGAGGCAAAACAUAUGUGGACUUAUCUUAGCUGCAGAACAUUUCUGGAAAACCUGUCUAAGAUUAGACCAUUAAAGAGAGCAUCCUUUCAGCUUUGUAUUCAGUCUCUUUAGGGUCGUUAGUGGAAAAUGGUGAGGCAACCUGUGAAGCAGAAAGUGCAUAAGCUUUCUGAGCAGGGUUCUGUGGGUAGAGCACUGAAAUGCCCAGGGGUAAAAAGAAAGCCUGGCCCUAACAGGAUAAGAACAAAAGGACUGCAUAUCACUCUUUUCUAAUCUUAAUGAACCACACCUCUCCUACUGAUUGUUGUUUGAUGAUGACUACUGAAAAUUUCACGGUUCUCUUUAGCUAGAAUGGGUACGAGGAAAAAAGUUCACGCAUUUGUCCGGAUCAAACCAACUGAUGACUUUGCUCAUGAAAUGAUCAAAUUCAGAGAUGACAACAAAAGCAUUGACAUUCACUUAAAAAAAGAUACUCGGAGAGGAGUUGUCAAUAACCAGCAGACAGACUGGUCGUUCAAGCUGGAUGGAGUUCUCCAUGAUGCCUCCCAGGACUUGGUUUAUGAGACAAUCGCAAAGCAUGUGGUUUCUCAGGCCCUGGAUGGCUAUAAUGGCACCAUCAUGUGUUAUGGGCAGACAGGAGCCGGCAAGACAUACACCAUGACGGGUGCAACUGAGAAUUACAAGCACCGAGGGAUCCUCCCUCGUGCCCUGCAGCAGGUUUUUAGGAUGAUUGAAGAACGCCCCACACAUGCCAUUACUGUGCGCGUUUCCUACCUGGAAAUCUAUAAUGAGACACUGUUUGAUCUCCUGUCCACCCUGCCCUAUGUUGGACCCACAGACACACCAAUGACCAUCGUGGAAAACUCGCAAGGGGUCUUCAUUAAGGGCUUGUCAGUCCACCUCACAAGUCAGGAAGAGGAUGCAUUCAGCCUCCUUUUUGAGGGAGAGACCAACAGGAUUAUAGCCUCCCACACGAUGAACAAAAACUCUUCCAGGUCACACUGCAUUUUCACCAUCUACCUGGAGGCUCAUUCGCGGACCUUAUCAGAUGAAAAAUACAUCACUUCCAAAAUUAACCUGGUGGAUCUAGCAGGCUCGGAGAGGCUGGGGAAGUCUGGGUCCGAAGGCCGAGUCCUGAAGGAAGCCACGUACAUCAACAAGUCACUGUCAUUCCUGGAGCAGGCCAUCAUCGCCCUCGGGGACCAGAGAAGGGACCACAUCCCCUUCCGGCAAUGCAAGCUCACCCACGCUCUGAAGGACUCGUUAGGGGGAAAUUGCAAUAUGGUCCUCGUGACAAAUGUCUAUGGAGAAGCCUCCCAGUUAGAAGAGACGCUGUCUUCACUGCGGUUCGCCAGCAGGAUGAAACUGGUCACCACUGAGCCUGCCAUCAAUGAGAAGUAUGAUGCUGAGCGGAUGGUCAAGAACCUGGAGAAGGAGCUGGCACUCCUCAAGCAGGAGCUGGCCAUCCAUGACAGCCUGGCCAACCGCACCCUUGUGACCUAUGACCCCAUGGAUGAAGUCCAGAUUGCCGAGAUCAACUCCCAGGUUCGGAGGUACCUGGAGGGGACACUGGACGAGAUUGAUAUAAUCAACCUCAGACAAAUCCAGGAGGUGUUCAACCAGUUCCGGGUGGUGCUGAGCCAACAGGAACAGGAAGUGGAGUCCACUUUGCGCAGGAAGUACACACUCAUAGACAAGAAUGACUUUGCAGCCAUGUCUGCCGUCCAGAAGGCAGGGCUCAUGGAUGCUGAUGGCCACCUAGUGGGUGAGCCUGAUGGACAGAGCUUCGGGCUGGGAAUUGCCCCUUUCUCUGCCAAACCUGGGAAGAAAUCCAAGUCCAAGAAGGCAUUCAAAGAGCCACCCAGGCCCAGUACCCCACCCUCCAAGCCCGUGGCCUUCGAGGAGUUUAAGAACGAGCGAGGUAGUGAGAUCAACCGCAUCUUUAAAGAAAACAAAUCCAUCCUGAAUGAGCGGAGGAGAAGGGCCAGUGAGACAAUACAACGCAUCAAUGCUAUCAAGCGGGAGAUUGAUGUGACCAAGGAGGCACUAAAUUUCCAGAAGUCACUACGAGAGAAGCAAGGUGAGUAUGAGAACAAGGGGCUGAUGAUCAUUGAUGAGGAGGAAUUCCUGCUGAUCCUGAAGCUCAAAGACCUCAAGAAGCAGUACCGCAGCGAGUACCAGGACCUGCGCGACCUCAGGGCUGAGAUCCAGUACUGCCAGCACCUGGUGGAUCAGUGUCGCCACCGCCUGCUUACAGAAUUUGACAUCUGGUACAACGAGUCCUUCAUCAUCCCUGAAGACACGCAGGUGGCACUGAAGCCGUGUGGCAGCAUCCGGCCAGGCAUGGUUCCUGUCAACAGGAUUGUGUCUCUGGGAGAAGAUGACCAGGACAGAUUCAGCCAGCUGCAGCAGACAGUGCUGCCCGAGGGCCCUGACUCCGUCUCCUUCUACAAUGCCAAAGUCAAGACAGAACAGAAGCAUAGUUACUUAAAAACCGCAGUGAGCCUCCAGUCAGCACAUAGAAAAUAG